GUUCCUCUUGGAGCGAGGCCCAAGUUCGGCCCUGCUCCAUUCAGAAUCGAGUACCAACGACGAAAAGACAUGAACUCGUUCAUCGCACUCUUUGCAAUAAUAUCAUGUGGCGUCGCUCAGAACUUCAAGUGUCCGGAGAAGAAUGGCUUCUACCCGGACUUGGUACAGUGCGACCUGUACUACCACUGUGUCAACGGUGAGGCCGAGGAGAAACUCUGCCCUGAUGGACUGCUCUUCGACGAUGGGAACCCCAGCCAUGAGAGAUGCGACACCUCCGUCAACGUUGACUGUGGGGAUAGGACAGAAUUGCAAGAGCCAAAGGCGACAAAAGGGUGUCCUCGUGCUAAUGGCUUCUUCAGGCAUCCUGACGAAGAGGUGUGUGACAAGUUCGUCAACUGUAUAGACGGAGUGCCAAAUGAGAUGCCCUGCCCACCAAGCCUUGUUUACGACGAUGCUGCCAGCUCGUGUACCUGGGCUGUUGAUUCCGUGAGAAAAUGCACCACGACCAAAAGAGAUUCACUCGAUGAUGGAUUCUCCUGCCCAGAAGGAGAAGUGAUGGGGCCAAAUGGUAGGACGCUCCCACACCCGACAUUCGCCCACCCAGACGACUGCCAGAAAUUUUACAUCUGCAGGAAUGGCGUUACACCACAGCAUGGUUCCUGUGCGGACAAUCAAGUCUACAAUGAAGAAACAUUCCAGUGUGACGAACCAGAAAACGUGCCUGGAUGUGAAAACUGGUUUGAUGAAGACAAGAAGAAACCUUGAACAACUGAUUAGUUUAUAAAGUUAAUUUUAAAUUUAAAUGGCUUGGUU